AACCCCACCUCACUUCUCUAUUAAAGGGCACUCGUGUUGUCCAAGCAGUUGAGCAGAAAAAGUUCCUGAAUUGAAAGAGAAGGCCAUGUCUGGAAUUACUGCAACCCUCCAGCACGACCGUGCAAGGGCCCAAGGAAUUGGCACAAACGCUCAGGCCAUAAAAUAUCUCGGACAGGACUACAAUGAACUGAAAAGGAAUUGCCUGGAGUGCAGACAGCUUUUUCGAGAUGAAACCUUUGAAGCCAUCCCGUCCGCUUUGGGUUUCGACGAACUAGGACCAAGUUCCUACAAAAUCCGAGGUGUUUCCUGGAUGAGACCUACAGAAUUGUCCUCCAAUCCACAGUUCAUUGUUGCAGGUGCCACCAGAACUGAUAUAUGCCAAGGGGCUCUUGGUGACUGUUGGCUUUUGGCAGCCAUCGCUUCCUUGACUCUGAACGAGCAGGUUCUGGCACGAGUUGUUCCCCAUGGACAGAGUUUUGAGAAUAACUACGCAGGCAUAUUCCACUUCCAGUUUUGGCAGUUUGGCGAGUGGGUGGAUGUUGUCAUUGAUGACAGGCUGCCAGUGAAAGAUGGAGAGCUGCUCUUUGUGCACUCAGCUGAGGGGACGGAGUUCUGGAGCGCCCUGCUGGAGAAGGCUUACGCCAAGCUGAAUGGCUGCUAUGAAGCUUUGUCUGGAGGCUCCACCACAGAGGGCUUUGAAGACUUCACUGGGGGCAUUGCUGAGGUCCAUGAGCUGAGAAAGCCUGAUGGAAACCUCUUCAAGAUAAUCCAGAAGGCCUUGAGAAGGGGCUCGCUCAUGGGCUGUUCCAUAGAUAUCACAAGCUCGGCCGACUCAGAGGCAGUGACUUCACAGAAGCUGGUUAAAGGCCAUGCCUAUUCUGUCACAGGUGCAAAUGAGGUGGAGUACAAAGGAGACAUGCUGAAACUCAUCAGGAUCAGGAACCCUUGGGGUCAGGUGGAGUGGACUGGCCCUUGGAGUGAUGGGUCAAUGCAGUGGCGUCAGAUUAGCAAUGAUGACAGAGAGAGGCUGAGUCACCAAUCAGAAGACGGAGAGUUCUGGAUGUCCUUCUCAGACUUUCUGCGCCACUACUCUCGGCUGGAAAUCUGUAACCUCAGCCCGGAUGCACUCACAGAUGACAACUUAAAAAAGUGGUCCUUGUCCAAGUUUGAUGGAACUUGGAGGAGCGGUUCGACUGCUGGAGGCUGCAGAAACUACCCAAACACAUUUUGGCAGAACCCUCAGUUUGUGUUCAAGCUGGAUGAGGAAGAUGAUGACCCAAAUGACAAUGAGGUGGGCUGCAGUUUUGUGGUUGGUCUGAUCCAGAAGAAUAGGCGCAAGAUGAGAAAAAUGGGAGAGGACAUGCAUACAGUGGGCUUCGCCAUCUACAAGGUCCCUGAUGGGUACGCUGGCCAGAGAAAUGUUCACCUCGAUCGUAACUUCUUCGUUCGACACGCUUCUGCUGCUCGUUCCGAGACCUUUAUCAACCUCAGAGAAGUGUGCAACCGCUUUUGUCUUCCCCCCGGAGAGUACCUCAUUUUGCCUUCCACCUUCGAGCCAAAUAAGAAUGGGGACUUCUGCCUGCGUGUUUUCUCGGAGAAGCAGGCUGAAUUUCAUGAACUGGAUGAUCCUGUUGAAUCAAAAGUAAAAGAGGUGGAAGUAGAGGAACAUGACAUUGAUGACAGAUUUAGGAGGCUUUUUGGACAGUUGGCAGGGACGGACAGUGAAAUAUCUGCUUUUGAGCUAAAGAGAAUCCUGAACAAAGUGGUGACAAAGCGAACAGAAAUCCAGACCGAUGGAUUUAGUCUGGAAAGUUGUCGUAACAUGGUCAACCUUUUGGACAGAGAUGGAAGUGGAAACCUGGGCCUAGUUGAGUUCAAGAUCCUGUGGACCAAAAUUGAAACGUACUUGAACAUCUAUCGCCAGAAGGAUGUGGACAAGUCAGGGACCAUAAGCUCCACAGAGAUGCGCAUGGCUAUGGAGGAGGCUGGUUUCACUCUGAAUAAUUCACUGCAUCAGAUCAUAGUGGCACGUUACAGUGAGCCAAGCCUCACUAUCGACUUUGACAAUUUUGUGGGUUGUCUUGUACGGCUUGAAUCCAUGUUCAAAACAUUUAAAACACUGGACAAGGACGGGUCAGGGGUGGUCGAGUUGAAUUUCCUUGAGUGGAUGAAUGUGUCACUUCUCUAAAAUGAGAAGAUUCAACACCUCCUUCAUACCUGGGGGACAAUUAACAAGAAUGGAAGCAAUACCUUUUUUCUGAAGAAUUAGGAAAAUCACUUAGCUGGGUUAUAAAUGAGGUUAUGUUCUGUGAACCCUAUACUGUGAGACCUUGUUUAUGACUCACACAUUACAGUAUAUGGAAUAUAUCAAUGCAAUUAUGGCAUGGGAAAUGUGUUUUAUUUCGUUUUAAAUUUGCCUCAUCUGGGUUUAACAAAAUGUAGGAAUAAUGAAUUGUUGAAUUUUUAACAGGUUUUAGGUUUUAACAAAAUACUGUCACAUAGCUAAAGAUUCAAAUAAUAAAUCUAACUUGCGUCCUCUA